AUGGUGUGUGAGCAUAUAUUCAAGCUGUUGAAGAAAGACGCUCUGACAAAAUGGACUAAAGAGUGUCAGAUUGCUUUUGACGCUAUCAAGAACUAUUUGUCAAAUCCACCGGUAUUGGUUCCUCCGCGAGAAGAGAGUCCUUUGUUGUUGUAUUUGUCAGUCUCAGAUAAUGCAUAUGGAUGCGUACUCGGUCAACACAACGAGAAAGUAAAGAAAAUGGAUCCAUUGAAGUAUAUUUUCCAAAAGGCGAUGUCGAUCGAAAAGUUAGCUAAAUGGCAAAUGUUGUUGAGUGAGCUUGAUAUCGUGUAUGUGACUCAAAAGGCAAUAAAGCUUGCAAAAAAUCCUGUUAAUGAAGAGGAAGGCAUCGGAGCAGUUUUAGUGUCAGAAUUUGGUCAGCACUAUCCCAUGGAAACUAAGCUCCGAUUUAAUUGCACGACCAACAUGACUGAGUAUGAAGCUUACAUUCUUGGUUUGAGGAUGAUCGUUGACAUGAAUUUCUACGAGUUGCUGGCUGUGAAGAACCCAAAGAUUAUACCUUACGUAAAGCAUGUAAAGAAGUUGGGCAAAAGAUUUCGUAAGAUCGAGUUCAGACCUACGCCCAGAAUACAGAAUGAGUUGGCUGAUGCUCUUCCCACCAUUGCUUCAAUGAUUAAACAUACGGAUAUUGAUUAUAUUGAUCCUCUGGAUAUAGAUCUGAAAGAACAUCCAGUCCAUUGUGCACAUGUUGAAGUAGAACUAGACUGUUUGCCAUGGUAUUUUGAUAUAAAAAAGUAUUUGAAAUCCGGAGAUUAUCCUGAAGAUGCUACGUCCAACCAAAAGAAGUCGAUACGUCGUAUGGCUCUCAAUUUCUUUCUAAGUGGAGAAGUCCUUUAUCGGAGGACUCCAGAUUUGGGUCUUCUAAGAUGUCUUGAUGUUGUUAAAGCUGCGAAGCUUAUUGAACAGAUACAUGUAAGAGUUUUUGGUACGCAUAUGAAUGGUCUCACUUUGGAAAUAAAGAUCCUACGAGCCGAGUGUUUCUGA